AAAAGGGGGUAAAACCCAUAAUGGAAGGGGUUAGCUUUGUUGUAGAAAGAAGCCUUGCUCACCAGUCCCGAAGAAUCAGGCAUUUGAUACCCAAUCCACCUACAAUUCUUCUGCUCUUAGCUUUACCUUUUUACCAAUGGCGUGCCACUCUCUUAUUUAUACCCCCCCUUACCCCCACCCUCCUAUUUCUUUCUCCGCCUAUCGGCAAAAUAAUCUGCCCACACUCAAUUUUCACUCUAAAAAGGUUUGUAAUUCUCGUAGUAGAAGGAUGAGUUUGGUUUGUGCUAUGGCGGCGGAGAAUAAAGUGGUAUCUGGUGAUAGAAUGCUGGUGUUUGUUCCCCCACAUCCUCUGAUUAAGCACUGGGUUUCCGUUCUUCGAAAUGAACAGACGCCUUGCCCAGUUUUCAAGAAUGCCAUGGCUGAGCUUGGUAGAUUGCUUAUGUAUGAAGCUUCAAGAGAUUGGUUGCCAACCGUAGCAGGAGAGAUCCAGUCACCAAUGGGUGUUGCAUCAGUGGAAUUCGUUGAUCCAAGGGAGCCUGUUGCGAUUGUUCCCAUUUUGAGAGCUGGUCUGGCUCUUGCAGAGCAUGCGGCAUCAAUUUUGCCAGCAACAAAAACAUAUCAUCUAGGUGUAAGCAGAAAUGAAGAAACACUUCAGGCCUCUGUAUACUUGAACAAGUUGCCUGAUAAAUUUCCUGAAGGUUCUCGUGUGAUUGUUGUUGAUCCAAUGCUGGCAACUGGUGGUACAAUAGUUGCAGCUAUUGACCUAAUAAAGGAACGUGGAGUUGACAAUAGUCAGAUUAAAGUGAUAUGUGCAGUGGCUGCUCCUCCUGCUCUCACAAAGCUCAGUGAGAAGUUUCCACGAUUGCACGUAUACGCUGGAAUACUUGAUCCAACUGUUAAUGAGAAAGGGUUUAUUAUCCCCGGAUUGGGAGAUGCUGGAGACCGUAGCUUUGGCACAUGAAGUAAUGCGUUCACCUGAUGAAAUUUCUUGCCAUAUCAUUCUUUAUAGAAGUGAAACACGCCUUGUGAUGGGGGGAGUUGGGCGCCGACCCCCCCUUUUGUUGCUCAUCUUGUUUUCCACCAUAUAAUUGUUUCCCAAUUUUGGAACCAUGAGGUACUAUAAAUACCUAUAUGGCAAAAGACCUGCUAAAGUUCUCUCCCUCUGUCUGUUUCAAUUCUUAGAGUACGAAUUUUGAAGAAGUGAAAAGAGUUCGAAAUAGCUUCAAACGAAAGUGAAAACAGGAUGCCAAGUUACUAGCCAAAGUUGUAGCAAUCUCAUCAUUUCUCAAAAGUACUGUUGUGUCUAUGUAUUUUUAGGAACGAUUAAUCGACUGAAUUAAUUACUGAAAUGCAAGAUCGAUUUGGUAGGAUUCGCACAA